UUUUACUUUGUUUUCCUUUUUUUUUUCGUCUCUCUUUUUGUUCGUAACUAACGUUCUUCCAUGACAGAGCCAGUGCGUUGUUUGGAAUUUUUCUCUGGUAUUGGUGGACUACACUAUGGUCUUAAUAUUGCAGGGAUCAAUGCUCAAGUGGUUGCUUCUUUUGACGUGAAUGAAAUUGCCAAUAAAGUUUAUACUCACAACUUUAAGAAAGAACCUUCCAAGAAAACAAUUGAUCGGCUCACCAAAAAGGAUAUUGAAAGAUACCAAGCUGAUUGUUGGCUUUUAAGUCCACCAUGUCAACCGUAUACUCAAGGAGGUAAAAUGAAAGAUAUCGAUGAUCCCAGGGCGAAACCACUUUUACAUCUUAUUCGAUUACUUCCAACACUUGAUAAGAGACCAACCUAUCUAUUUCUUGAGAAUGUCAAAAACUUUGAGAUAUCUCAAUCUCGACGUCAAUUGAUUGAUCAAUUAGUGUCAUUGGAUUAUGAAAUCAAUGAAUGUCUUUUAUCACCUAUCCAAUUCGGUAUCCCAAAUCACAGAUUACGAUAUUAUCUUACAGCACGUUAUCAAUCAAAAAAAGAUAAUCAGAAUGAUGACAUUAAUUCAUUACAAAAGAAUUAUGAUAGACCUAUUCAUACCACUUGGCCAUUUGACAAGAAAGAACAAUCAUUUGAUAUCCCUGAACUAGAAUGUUUUUUGGAACAACAUGUUGAUGAUUCAUUCACUGUCCCUUCCCGAUAUAUCUUGCGUUUAAAUAAAUUUCGACUAGAUAUUGUCUUACCUUCUAGUACAAAAACAUCAUGUGUAACCAAGGCAUAUGGAUCUCAUCACAUUAUGACGAGUGGCUCCUUACUUCAAACCAAGAAAUUAGAAACAACGGAGUACAAUUGGGAAGAUACAGCAUCCUUACUAGAAUUUGGACUUCGAUUUUUGACACCUACAGAAAUAGCACGAUUACAUGCAUUCCCUAUGGCACAACAGUAUUCAUCAAAAUUGAUUCAACGAGAAAAUGAUUCAACUUGUUCAAAUCCACGACCCUUCUUUUCUCCCUGUGGCUCACCUUGUUUGACUUUUCCGGAUGAUAUCACCAAUCAACAACGAUAUAGGCUGUUAGGUAACAGUCUGAACUGUUGGGUAGUGGCAGAACUCUUACGAUGUGUUUUAUUUAGCUGAUUGAUAUUAGUAUAAUAAAAGAUCAUACAUUGAUUAUUUUUGGUUAUAAUUAUUGAGGAUGAAUAAAAUUACUUUUUUUUUUCUUUAUCAUGAAA